CGGCAACUAUGUAUAUACGAGUGGCAAUGGUGAUUUUUCGAGCGAAAAAUGCCUCCUCAGUCUGAUUUUGUGCCGAAAUCGAGUUUGGGAAUAGUUCCUCCAGCUACCAGGUCUCGCGGUUACGCUUUAACUGUCGACGUUUGGUUAAAUGAAAAACAAGACACAGACGGCGCGGAAGGACUAUGGCGGAUUCACGAUGGCAUUUACGAUUUGCAGGAUUUCAUCGAAAAGCAUCCCGGUGGGUCGGAUUGGAUUUCUAUAACCAAGGGCACAGACAUCACAGAAGCCUUUGAGGUCCACCACCUGACGUCUCUAUCCGAAGAACUAAUGAAGAAAUACUUCGUAAGAGAAGCGAAAUCCAAGCGAAACUUUCCCUUUACAUUCAAAGAAGACGGAUUCUACAGGACCCUGAAGAGAGAAGUAAACAAGGUGGUGAAAACGUUACCAAAACAGUCACCGAAAACCUCCGAUUUUUUAAUCGACGCCAUGGUGGUGCUCCUGUUCACUUUUUCAGUUAUGGCGGUGAGGUACUGGAGCUUCUGGUUGGGGAUACUGGCAGGGUUAUUCCUUGGACUUGUAACUGUGGCCGCGCACAACUACAUCCACAGAAAGGACAACCUUAGGAUGUACUACUUUCAGUUCUCCUUAAUGCAAGUGAGGGAGUUUAGGAUUGUCCACGUCCUAAGCCACCAUCUUCUCACGAAUACCAUCGACGAUUUAGAGAUUUCCUUAUUGGAACCUUUGCUGAAGUACUUACCCAUAGAUAAGACGCCAUUAAAGCGAUAUACCUCUUGGCUUAUGGCUCCCCUGGUGUGGUUUACUUUCUUCCAUUCAUCUUUAGUUCGAAGAUUAAUAGAUGCACACCACUUCAAUUGUAGAAAUUUGAAACUCACAGACUUAACAGCUUUAAUUUUACCUGCUGUUAUGUACUUUUUUGGAGGACGGUCACUAUUCUCCACCUUUAUAAUGUGGAAUUUCAUCAUCGUCGUCGGAUCGUGCCACUUUACUUUUGUUGCUUUGCACGCUGCUCAUCAUCAUCCAGAAAUAUUUCACGAUGGCGACAGCCCUAGGAGUCAACAAGGGUACGACUGGGGUCUGAGCCAAUUGGACGCGCUUAUGGAGCGUAAGGAGACCACUGGGUCACAGUUUAUGGUACUCACGAACUUUGGCGACCAUUGCCUCCACCACAUGUUCCCAACUUUGGACCAUGGGUCUCUGGAACAUCUCUAUCCUAUUUUUAACGAUGUCCUCGACAAGUACGGCGUCAAUUUGAGGAUGAUUUCACAGUGGGACGCCGUAAUCGGAGGAUUCCAACAGCUUGUGAGGGUUGAGCCCAAUUCCAAUCCACCUGAUUUGAAAAAGAAUAGAUAAAUAAUUACAUAGCCACACAAAAAAAGAAAAGUAGUCUGUACUUUUCAAGCGACAUAUGUU